GCCUUCCUCUGGAUAUUGGCUUGGAGAAAUGACGUCCCGCAGAUGGCAUCAGCAGGACCUGUUGUGCAUGGGCUCCUGUCUCUGGGGAGCUCACCAGUUUGGCUGGAGGGGAAGAGGCAGGAGCUGAAUGUGAAAACCACACAGCUGUUGGCCAGGAAGGACCUCAUUCUCCAAUCAGUGUUUGAUGUCCUCCAAGAGAAUGGGAUCCAUGGACUGAAGAGAGAGGAAAUUCUGCAGUUGACACAGCACGCCAUUCAGAAAAUCAUGGAAAAUGGCGUCUGGAUGCCCAACUGGGCUCUGGAAACCAUGGGUGCCACUGUUGAUGCAGAGAGGACAUCCAAGAGUUAUGGUGGGAAAGGCUGGAAGAACCACUGGCUUUCUCCACUCUUUUCCACCGCAAAGCCUCCUGAGACACUCUUGCAGCCUGAUAUUUCUCCUGGCAACUGUUGGGCUUUCCAAGGAUCUUGGGGCCACGUGGUCAUCCAGCUGCCGGAGAAAAUCCAGCCCACGGCUUUCACCAUCUGGCACAUCUCCAAGGCAGUCUCUCCCUCUGGUGAAGUCAGCAGUGCCCCCAAAGAGUUUGCUGUCUUG